GAACCGUGUCCCAUGAUGAUACAAAGAAAUCGAAGCUUGAAGGGCGAUUUAAUGGCCUUUCCCUUUUUGAUAUAAAUGAGGUUUUGGGGGGAAUGAUUGCCGAUGGUUGAUAAAGUCAGGGAUUUUCAGGAAGCCAUGUUGGAUAUUCUUUCAUGAAUUGCAAUUUGGAGCCGUAUAUUUUCAUCCGUUUGUCGCGAAAUUGCAUUAAAGUGCGAUGGGCGGAUCGAAAAGGUCUGGAUUUACCGGCGGCGAUGGCAAUGAAUCGCCUGUGACGAGCCGCGCUCCGUCUCCGACGGUGCGGCUGGGAAAGAUUCAGCCUCAAGCCCCGGGUUGCAGGACGGUGUUUUGCAAUGAUCCUGAAACCACGGCCAUAGCUAAUUUCAAGGGCAACUCAGUUUCGACUACAAAGUACGAUUUUCUUACUUUUUUACCGAAGGGCUUGUUUGAACAGUUCAGGCGUGUGGCUAAUCUCUACUUCCUUAUGAUUUCAAUUUUGUCAUGCACUCCAAUGAGUCCUGUAAGUCCAAUCACCAAUGUGCUUCCUUUGAGCUUGGUGCUUCUUGUUUCUCUUCUAAAAGAGGCGUGGGAGGAUUGGAAACGUUUUCAGAAUGACUUGUUGAUUAAUAAUGCUUCUGUAGACAUCUUGGUAGGCCAGCAAUGGUUGAGUGUACCUUGGAAGAAGCUUCAGGUUGGAGACAUUGUGAGGGUUAAGCAAGAUGAGUUCUUUCCUGCAGACCUAUUGUUUCUUGCCAGCACUAAUCCUGACGGUGUCUGCUAUCUUGAGACUGCUAAUUUAGAUGGGGAAACCAAUUUGAAGAUUAGAAAAGCUUUGGAGAAGACUUGGGAUUAUGUGACUCCUGAGAAAGCGGCUGAAUUUGAAGGUGAAAUACAAUGCGAGGAACCUAAUAAUUCUUUGUAUACCUUUACCGGAAAUCUUUUAAGUCAAAAGCAAACGCUUCCACUCAGCCCAAAUCAACUUCUUCUAAGGGGGUGCAAUUUGAGAAACACUGAGUACAUUGUGGGUGUGAUCAUUUUUACUGGGCAUGAAACAAAGGUUAUGAUGAAUGCUAUGAAAAUUCCUUCUAAACGGAGCACUUUAGAAAAGAAACUCGACAAACUAAUUCUCAUGCUUUUUUGUGUUUUAUUUUGCAUGUGUGUCUUGGGAUCCAUUGCAAGUGGUGUGUUCAUAGACAGCAAGUAUAUAUACUUGCGGUUUGAAAAUUAUUCUGACCCACAAUUCAACCCUUCUAAUCGCAUUAUGGUUUCCACUUUGACUAUGUUCACUUUAAUUACUCUCUAUUCACCCAUUAUUCCAAUCUCUCUAUAUGUUUCUGUUGAGAUGAUAAAAUUUAUCCAAUCAAAUCAAUUUAUCAAUAAUGAUAUGUCCAUGUAUCAUUCUGAAAGUAAUACUCCUGCACAAGCAAGGACAUCAAAUUUGAAUGAGGAACUAGGACAGGUGGAAUACAUAUUCUCAGACAAAACUGGGACCCUUACUAGAAAUAUGAUGGAGUUUUUUAAGUGUUCAAUUGGAGGAGAGAUAUAUGGCACUGGUGUUAGUGAAAUUGAGAUGGGCACAUCACAGAGAAAUGGGAUGCGGUUGGGGCAGAUAGAGAGAUGUUCUAAUGCAGUGAGAGAUAGAGGUUUUAAUUUUUCUGAUCCUAGAUUAAUGCAAGGUGCUUGGAGAAAUGAACCAAAUUCUGAUGCAUGCAAGGAAUUCUUCAGAUGCCUUGCAAUUUGUCACACUGUACUCACUGAAGGUGAUGAGUCUCCUGAAAGCAUUCGAUAUCAAGCAGCAUCACCUGAUGAGGCUGCUCUGGUUUCAGCAGCAAAGAACUUUGGUUUCUUCUUUUACAGACGUACUCCUACUAUGGUUCAUGUACGGGAGUCACACGUCGAUGAUACAAGGAAAACUCAGGAUGUUGCCUAUGAGAUCCUGAAUGUUCUUGAAUUCAAUAGUACAAGGAAGCGUCAGUCUGUUGUAUGUCGCUAUCCUGAUGGAAGACUUGUAUUAUACUGUAAGGGUGCAGAUACUAUAAUUUAUGAAAGACUGGCAUAUGGAGAUAAUGAUUUGAAGAGAAGAACGAGGGAACACUUGGAAGAAUUUGGAGAAGCUGGACUGCGCACGCUUUGCUUGGCAUAUAGGAAUCUAAGUCCAAAUGAAUAUGAAAGGUGGAAUGAAAAAUUCAUUCAAGCAAAAUCUUCUCUCCAAGACCGUGAGAAGAAAUUGGAUGAGGUUGCAGAACUAAUAGAAAUGGACCUUGUUUUGAUUGGAUGCACUGCUAUUGAAGACAAACUUCAGGAGGGAGUUCCUACUUGCAUAGAGACUCUUUCAAGAGCUGGAAUCAAAAUUUGGGUGCUUACGGGGGACAAGAUAGAAACUGCAAUAAAUAUUGCUUUUGCAUGCAAAUUGAUAAACAACAGCAUGAAACAAUUUGUUAUCAGUUCAGAAACCGAUGCUAUCAGAGAAGUAGAAGAUAAAGGCGACCAAGUGGAGGUUGCUCGUUUCAUAAAAGAUACGGUUAAAAAUAAACUUAAAAAGUAUAAUGAGGAAGCCCGACAGUAUCUUCGUUCUGAAUCUAGACCAAAGUUAGCACUUGUUAUUGAUGGAAAGUGUUUGAUGUAUGCGUUAGACCCCAGUGUGCGUGUAAUGCUCUUGAACUUGAGCUUGAAUUGUAGUGCAGUGGUUUGCUGCCGAGUCUCUCCUUUACAGAAAGCACAGGUGACUAGAUUGGUUAGGAAGGGAGCUCAGAAAAUAACACUUAGUAUCGGUGAUGGGGCUAACGAUGUUAGCAUGAUUCAAGCUGCUCAUGUUGGUGUUGGAAUAAGUGGACAGGAAGGAAUGCAGGCAGUAAUGGCCAGUGAUUUUGCAAUUGCUCAGUUCCGUUAUCUCACAGAUUUACUGCUUGUCCAUGGACGCUGGUCAUAUCUGAGAAUCUGCAAGGUUGUUACUUAUUUCUUCUACAAGAAUCUGACAUUUACCUUGACACAAUUUUGGUUUACUUUCUAUACUGGAUUCUCCGGCCAAAGGUUCUAUGAUGACUGGUUCCAAUCCCUCUACAAUGUUAUCUUUACAGCCAUGCCUGUGAUUGCACUUGGGCUUUUCGAGAAGGAUGUCAGUGCCUCCCUUUCCAAGAAAUAUCCCGAGUUAUACAUGGAGGGAAUUAGAAACACAUUUUUCAAAUGGCGAGUCGUGGGGGUUUCAGCUUUCUUUGCAGUUAGUCAAUCGCUGAUACUGUUUCAUUUUGUGACUACUUCUAGUACCAAGAGCAUGAAUUCAGCUGGCAAGACAUUUGGCCUGUGGGAUGUCAGUACGACGGCCUUCACUUGUGUUGUCGUAACUGUCAAUCUGCGUCUCCUAAUGAUGUGCAACACAAUCACAAAGUGGCACCGACUUACUGUUGGUGGAAGCAUAUUGUUAUGGUUCAUAUUUGCCUUUAUAUACUCCGGCAUUAUUUUGCCAAAAGCUCAGAUGAACAUAUAUUACGUUGUAUAUGUCGUCAUGAGUACAUUUUACUUCUACACCAUGCUGCUGCUUGUCCCCGUUGCUGCACUCUUCGGCGACUUCUUAUAUCAGGGGGUUCAAAGAUGGCUGUUCCCCUAUGAUUAUCAGAUUAUUCAGGAAAUUCACAAGGAUGAUGUUGAAGGACUGGAUAUGGGACUGCUGGAGGUUGGAAAUGAUGAGCUCACGCCCGACGAGGCAAGGAGCCACGCGAUGAUGCAACUCCCAGGACAGAGAGCAAAGCACACAGGUUUCGCUUUUGAUUCGCCCAGUUACGAGUCGUUUUUCGCGUCCCAGGCUGGGGUCUCAGCCCCUCACAAAGCCUGGGACAUUGCUCGCCGAGCUAGCAUGAAGAGGUUUCGUGCAAAAGGUCACCGGAAGAGCUGAAUUCAUAUCAUUCGGCGAAAAAAAGGAGAAAAAAUUAGAAAAUCUUUUACUUCUCUUUCAAGCAUGGGAUGGAAACCUUUACCAGGGCCAGGGAUGUAUGUCAAAUUUCGGUGUAUGUGUGCCAUAUUCUCAAUUUUUUUCCAUGGUCAUUGCUUUCUUAGAGCUUGUUCUCUUCGAUCAACUUAUUCUGAUUGGAAUCAGAUCAGUAACAACAUUUAAUAUAUAACUACAAUCAGA